GGUCGGACGAGAAAGUUGCAACGCGAAAGGGCAACCACAGUUUCACUAGGCAAACGAUCCCGUUUCAUUCGUUUAUCUCCCGUGAACGGUGCCGGUCGGUGGUGCUUCCUGAGUAGCAUUCAGCUCAACGUACUAGUGCGUCGUGUUAAUUACGUUCCAGCAACAGUAGACAAACAAUACGUCCAAUCAUGAGCAUUUUCGCAUCGGUCGAAUUGGGUCCCCCGGUGGAAGUGUUUGCCCUCAAUAAGGCGUGCAUUGAAGAUCCGAACCCCAACAAGGUUAAUCUUGGCGUAGGAGCUUAUCGAACGAAUGAGGGCAAACCCUGGAUACUGCCGGUGGUGAAGAAAGCCGAAGCAGCGAUUGUUGCCGACGGGUCGCUAAACCAUGAAUAUUUGCCCGUGCUCGGUAUGGACAACAUAACGAAUGCGGCCAGCACGUUGCUGCUGGGCGAAGAUAACGAUGCACUCAAGAGCAAGCGUGCCUUCGGUGUGCAGUGUCUGUCCGGUACCGGGGCGCUUCGUCUUGGGGCCGAAUUCCUGGCACGUAUUCUUAAGCGCACCACCUUCUACUAUUCCGACCCGACGUGGGAGAACCACCACAAGGUGUUCUUGUACGCGGGCUUUACGGAACCGAAAACCUACCGCUACUGGCACCAGGAAACGCGUGCAAUUGAUUUUGCCGGCAUGGUGGAAGAUCUCGGAAAUGCGCCUGAGGGAGCGGUAGUUAUACUGCACGCCUGUGCCCACAAUCCGACCGGUAUCGAUCCGACCGAGGACCAGUGGAAGCAGAUUGCGGAUGUGUGUGAGAAGCGUAAGCUGUUCCCGUUCUUCGAUUCCGCCUACCAGGGCUUUGCAAGCGGUGACCCGAACAAGGAUGCGUUCGCCGUGCGAUAUUUCGUUAGCCGUGGAUUUGAACUGUUUUGUGCGCAAAGCUUUGCCAAGAACUUUGGUCUUUACAACGAGCGUAUCGGUAAUUUAACGGUGGUACAAAAGGAGGCCACCACAAGUGCCGCCGUCGCAUCCCAAAUUACGCUGCUUGUCCGUGGCAUGUACUCGAACCCACCGGCCUUUGGCAGCCGUAUCGUGAGUCGCGUACUGAACGAUAAAGACCUACGCAACGAGUGGAUGGAGUGCAUCAAGACGAUGAGCUCGCGUAUCAUCACCAUGCGUAAGGCUCUGUACGAUGAGCUCGUGGCACUGAAGACGCCGGGCACUUGGGAACACAUUACCAAUCAAAUUGGAAUGUUUUCAUACACCGGACUCAACGAAAGCCAAGUGCAGAUACUAAUCAAGGAGUUUAGCAUCUACCUGCUGAAAACCGGACGCAUCAGCAUGUGCGGGCUAAAUGAAAGCAAUGUUGCAUACGUUGCCCGUGCUAUCCACGCCGCGGUAACUCGCGAAUAGUACCCAACAGAGAAGGACAGUCACGGAGAAAGGGUCAGUUAGCUCGGAUGACUGGUUGGCUGGCCUCUUUAAAAAAAAACAUCACACAAGUGACCCGAUUUAAACAAUAAUCAGCGGAAAACACCUCUACACCAACCACAUUGCACCCAAACCUGAAGAAGAAACGUUUAGCUUUUGGUUUUGCAUUUCAGUUAUUUGCAUUUCAACCAAAGGACACGGGUUGAAAUGAUAUUGUAAAGAUAUCCACAAACGGAUGCGUUCUACAGUAGCUAGGAGCAGUUUGUAAAGCACCGAUAGAAAUACCACUGAACUCACAAGCAAUCACCUGUUUUCCUUUGGGAAGUUAAGUAAAGGCACCACAAUGACGUAGCAAAAUGCGUUUAAGUACGUAACGAACAAUACAAUACAGUACAAUACAGUUUACACCAUUUAAAGUAAAACACCACACAACCGAAGAUACGCGGGUCGUCUGAUAGGUAGCCGAGAAUUGCAUUUUUACAUAGCUUGGAUUGUAUCCGUAAAUGGAGUGUCGGAUAUUCGGAUGCAAAUAUAUGUACAACGGUGCGUUUAGUUAAAUUUUUGGAGGAAUUGAUAUACCAUUGUCUAUCUCAUGUUAUCUUUAGCGUAACGCAUCUGCCGCUUUGAUUCCCUUUCUAAAAUACAAUGUAUUAAGACAACGACGAUUCUAUAAUGUGCUUGCAAUAAAGACGCGGUAAAAAUAAU